UCAACAUCCAUUUCCAGGAUCGAAACACCCAUUUUUUUCCUUAUUUUCUUCGAACUUUUCCUCAAAAGUUUCAUAAAUUUUCAUUAAUGGAGACUAAAACAAUGCAAGAAGAAAUUAUAUUCAGAUCAAAGCUCCCUGAUAUUUACAUCCCGAAACACCUCCCUUUGCAUUCAUAUUGCUUUGAGAACAUUUCCCAGUUCAGUUCACGUCCAUGUUUGAUCAAUGGCGCCACCAAUGAGGUCUACACUUACGCGGAAGUCGAGCUUAUAUCGCGAAAAGUGGCUUCCGGGCUUAACAAGAUUGGCAUACAACAAGGUGAAACCAUCAUGAUUUUACUUCCUAAUUCACCCGAAUUUGUAUUCGCUUUCCUUGGUGCUUCGUAUCGUGGCGCCUUAUCUACUAUGGCCAACCCGUUUUUCAAGCCGGCCGAGGUCGUGAAGCAAGCGAAGGCGUCGAACGCUAAGCUUAUAAUAACACAAGGAUGUUAUGUGGAAAAAGUUAAAGAGUUUGCAUUAGAGAAUGGUGUGAAAGUAAUGUGUAUUGACGAGCCACCGGAAGGCUGCCUGCCGUUUUCGGACCUAACUAAGGCCGACGAAAAUAACAUGCCGGCUGCCGACGAAAAUAACAUGCCGGCUGUUAAGAUCAACCCCGACGACGUGGUGGCUCUGCCGUAUUCCUCCGGGACGACUGGGCUGCCGAAGGGUGUUAUGCUUACACAUAAGGGACUUGUGACAAGUGUGGCUCAACAAGUUGAUGGGGAAAAUCCAAAUUUGUACAUCCAUAGUGAGGAUGUAAUGCUGUGUGUUUUGCCUCUUUUUCACAUAUAUUCAUUGAAUUCUGUGCUGCUGUGUGGAUUAAGAGUUGGUGCAGCAAUUUUGAUUAUGCAGAAAUUUGAUAUUGUUCCCUUUCUAGAGUUGAUACAAAAGUAUAAAGUGACGAUUGGACCCUUUGUGCCACCCAUUGUUUUGGCCAUUGCUAAGAGUCCACUAGUUGAUAAGUAUGAUCUUUCGUCGGUCCGUACGGUGAUGUCCGGGGCUGCGCCGCUGGGCCGGGAGCUUGAAGACGCUGUUAGGAGCAAGUUUGCGAAAGCCAAACUUGGUCAGGGUUAUGGAAUGACUGAGGCAGGGCCAGUUCUGGCAAUGUGCUUGGCUUUUGCCAAAGAACCCUUUGAAAUUAAAUCGGGGGCAUGUGGGACUGUUGUUAGAAAUGCUGAGAUGAAAAUUGUAGACACUGAAACCGCUGCAUCUUUGGGACGUAAUGAGCCCGGAGAAAUUUGCAUUAGAGGCGACCAAAUCAUGAAAGGUUAUCUAAAUGAUCCAGAGGCCACAGAAAGAACAAUAGACAAGGAAGGGUGGUUACACACAGGUGAUAUAGGGUUAAUUGAUGCUGAUGAUGAGCUUUUCAUCGUUGAUCGCUUGAAGGAGAUUAUCAAAUACAAAGGUUUCCAAGUUGCACCAGCUGAAAUUGAAGCCCUUUUACUCAACCACCCCAAUAUUUCAGAUGCAGCAGUUGUCCCAAUGAAAGAUGAGGAAGCAGGAGAAGUCCCAGUUGCUUUUGUUGUGAAAUCAAAUGCCUCCACCAUUAGUGAGGAUGAAAUCAAGCAAUUUGUUUCAAAACAGGUGGUUUUCUACAAAAGAGUGAACCGUGUAUUCUUCAUUGAUGCCAUUCCCAAGUCUCCGUCAGGCAAAAUAUUGAGGAAGGACUUGAGAGCAAGAUUAGCCGUUGGUGUUCCCAAUUGAGUCUCCCGUCUGUCCAGCCCGGUCCGGCCAGCAUACUAGCUAUAAGUGAAUAACACAAGCUAAAUUUGCAUCAUAUCUCUAUUAAUUUGUUAUUUGUUGCCCAUCUUGCAAAGACAAUAAAUGCUUGUAAAUUUAUAUAUAUGUGUUGCGGAUAUGAACUGUUACUCCUCAUAUAUAAAGCUUCCAAUGAAAGUCACGUGGAGACACUACAUGUAGACAUCUAGCAGUCAACCAAGUCAAAA